AGAAAAGGAGGGACAGGCAGAGGGAAAGAGUGAGUGAGGGAGAGGGAACAGCUCUCUGUUUGUGGAGCAGAACAGGACCAUGUUGUCAGGCAGUUGUGUAGUUUGGUUUGGAGCACUGCUCAUGGGACUUGGAACUCCACUGAUUAGGGCUGUUGAAUUCCAGCACCAUGGAUAUGAGGAGAUGGUGCGCACUCUGUUCUCCAUUCAGAGUCAAUGCCCCUACAUCACCCGCAUCUACAGCAUUGGUCACAGUGUGGAGGGACGCCACCUUUAUGUCCUGGAGUUCAGCGAUAAUCCAGGAAUCCAUGAAGCAUUGGAGCCAGAGUUCAAGUACGUGGGUAACAUGCACGGAAAUGAGGUGCUGGGCCGUGAGCUACUCAUCCACCUCUCACAGUUCUUGUGUGACGAGUACAAAGCAGGGAACCAACGGAUUACAGAGCUCAUCCACAACACACGUAUUCACAUUCUGCCCUCCAUGAAUCCAGACGGCUAUGAAGUGGCAGCCACGCAGGGUCCAGAGUUCAAUGGUUACCUGGUGGGCCGUGGGAAUUCCAAAGAUGUGGACCUAAAUCGCAAUUUCCCUGACCUGAAUGCCCUAUUGUAUUACAAUGAGCAGAACAAUGGACAGAAUCACCAUUUGCCUCUUCCAGACGACUGGGAGCACCAGGUUGAACCAGAGACGCUUGCAGUCAUUAGAUGGAUGGAAAGUUAUAACUUUGUUCUUUCAGCAAAUCUGCAUGGAGGAGCAGUGGUGGCAAACUACCCUUUUGACAAAUCCAGAGAAGUCCGUAUAAGAGGCAGGUCUACGUAUUCUGCCACUCCAGAUGACAAGAUCUUCAAACAUUUGGCAAAGACUUACUCCUAUGCUCACAGUUGGAUGCAUAAAGGCUAUAACUGUGGAGACUACUUUGAGGAUGGGAUUACCAAUGGAGCCAGCUGGUACACUCUAUCCAAGGGCAUGCAGGACUUUAACUAUCUAUACACUAACUGCUUUGAGAUCACUCUGGAGUUGAGCUGCGAUAAAUUCCCCCCAGCGAGCACUCUGGCCAAUGAAUGGCUGGCCAACAGGGAGGCUCUGGUGUCCUACCUGGAACAGGUUAACCAUGGCAUUAAAGGAAUGGUCUAUGAUGAGAAUAACAACCCCAUCAACAAUGCAGUGAUCUCAGUGGCAGGAAUAAACCAUGACAUAACUAGUGGUGCAGAUGGAGAUUACUUUCGCCUGCUUUUGCCAGGAACCUACACUGUAACUGUCGUUGCACCAGGCUACCAGCCUUCCACCAAUACAGUGACAAUCGGGCCUGCAGAGGCCACACAGUUACACUUUUAUUUGAAACCAGCACCAAAAGAGACAAACUUGAAUGCCACGGAUCAUCAAGAUAAUAAAAGCUUGUCGCCAGUUCCUCCAGCCAACCUCGGCCCAAGAUAAAAAAAAAAAGAAAAGAAAAAUAAUUGCAACGUUCCAUUAAAGUUGGCAAAGGAAAUUUAGAUUAUCGCUGUUACAAAUCACAUCACUAAACAUACUUCCCCAGACCUCAGUUUGUCUUGGAUCCUUAAUAUUAUGCUUUUCACAAGGAGGUUCUUUUGAAAUGAAAUCAUAUUCACGUAACACUUAUGAAAUGCAUGUAUUGAAUAAUGUCAGAUUUAUAGAAAAGAAUCAGUAUAUAAUUCAAAAAUAAUUUUGAUACUUAGGAAAUGUUGUGAGGUGUCACAAAUAUUGUACAACAGCACUUACAGAGCCUUGUGGUGUAAUCAAACAUAAUCAAAUGUAGCACUGAAAUGGGUCCUUAUUUCAAUUGUUUUGAAAAGUUUGUGAUUACAUAUUACACAUUAACUUUAACAACAAUUUAUCAUAAAUAUCACAGAUACAUUUAACCUUUUAACAUCUAGCAAGACUGUUACAGUAUCAGUAGGAUUUCUGUAGAGCACUGAUUAUUUACAGAACUGUGAAAACCAUUUUAUAUCAUCUGUAAAUUUUUCUGAUUACAGGAAAUCAAUUAAUUAGAAUAAUCCAUGAUUCGAGUAAGAUAUAUAUAAAAAAAAAUCUAAUUACUAACAAGAAAAUGGUUAGUAAAAUACAGAAACUAAAAUAAAUGUUACAUACAUAAAAAA